GCAUCCUCUGUUAAUAUACAGAAAACCAAGCAACAGACGACAACGGAAACCUGUUUUCCGGUCCUGAAGUGUACAUGCAUAUAGUUUAGUUUUUUAAUUAUCUGUGGUGGAUUACAAUGAUGUGUUGUGUGAAAUUUAUAACUUUCUUAAUACUGUUGAACAGUUUUAAGAAUGUUCGUUCAGAUACAUCCACGGUUAUGUCUACUGAAAGUCACACAAAAUCUUCUCCUACCAAUGACCCAAGUGGAGCUACAUCGGAUAGCUUGUUAGGUAUGACUUCCGCAACUACAGAUGAAAUCACAACGAUACCCACCACCCAAAGUGAAAAGACGACAGGUUCAACCACUCCAAAAUCCGGAGCAAACCCAACAAUUCUGGGCAAGGGUUAUAAGGUGUUUGUAAGUGGUUCCAAUCUUAGUAUGUCAUGCACGUACAACUCUACAACCUUACUAAAUGAUGAUGACAUGCAGAAGUUGAAGUUUUACGAUAAAGAUGGUGCAGAGUUUGAUGGAAGUCGAAAAUUCACAAAAGCUUACACACGGAACUCUCCUACAAGUGUUACGGUCACCCUGAAUAAAGUCUCAGUGGAUCGCUCAGAUGCAGGAAGAUACCAGUGUAAAUACGAUGGAGCGGCAAAUUCCAUUUAUAAUGAUGUCAUUAUUGUAGUCUUUGACACCACACCUGCUGAAUACAACAAUACUGCCAUCAACUUGAAAUGCAAGUAUGAUGUCGAGAAAGACAGUAAUGUUGUUAUUGACAAACGCGAGUUGUCAUGGAAAAGGGGAGAUGAGCUUGCAUCUAAAGGUGACCGACACAGGGAUAAUGGAACCACACUAAUCAUCGAAAAAGCAGAAUGGUCUGAUAUUGGUCCAUACACCUGCGAAUUGACGUUAACUUGGGGAACAUAUAUGCAAACUGUCUCCACGGUUGUUCCACUGAAUGGAGCACCUAAGAUUACUAAAAUGGAUUCUUCCAAAAAUGUUGUCCAAGAUGAUGAUUUAGAGAUCAAAUGCCCGGUCUCAGGAUACCCCUAUCCAACUGUCACAUGGAAAAAGGAUGGCAUGCCCCUUGUUCAAACCAAAAGAAUCACUUUCUCCAUGGCGGACGGAAAAUAUGAGAAUGCGAUUUUGAAUAUCAACAAUCUGGAGUUUGAAGAUAAGGGGGAGUACACCUGUAAUGCAACGAGUUCGGAGUACCAAUCAGGGACAACAGCCUCAAUUAACAUCCGGGUCAAAGACAAGUUAGCUGCGUUAUGGCCAUUCCUGGGAAUUGUAGCAGAGGUCAUUGUACUGUGCAUCAUCAUAUUUAUUUACGAGAAAAAGAGAAGCCGUGAAAUGGAAGAUGAAGCUGAUGGAGGCGAUGAUGUCGUAAAUACUGAUGAUCACAAGGGAAAGGAUGUGUAUUUGGUAUCUGCUUUGAAUGGUUAUUACAGAGACGCAAUCUGGGUUCCUAGUGGAUUUCAAGGACACCCCUUAAUCCAGGGUCCAGGGAUAAAGUGGUUCAAGGAGAACUCGUCGUUUGAGAUCACUUGUUCCUACACCAAGAAACCGAUUUCUGCAGAUUUACUGAAAUUCUACGACGGGUCUGGUAAAGAACUCUCUAAAGACAGGGGUUUUGUGAGGGUAGUCUUAAGCUCCUCCAAGACGUUUGUCAAUGUUUCCUUGACCAAGAGCAGCAUCCAGGCAGAUGACAUCGGAAGAUACUACUGCAGAUACACGGAUAAUAUAGAUAUAUAUGUCCACAUCGCUGUCGUCCAAGUCCAAACAACACCCCAGAUUUACAAUCUAUCGAUGGUGAACCAGCUGGACUAUAACUUGUCCUGUGACUUUACUGCCGUCGUGGACAAGGAGACGAGGGGUAUGAUUCGGUCAGAGGAAGUACUGUGGUACAGAGACGGCAUACCAGCAGGCCAAAUCUCCACCAGGCAUCUAGUCAAUGGAAACAAACUGACAAUCAACAAAGCAGUAUGGUCAGAUAUUGGAAUGUACAGCUGUGAUUACAGCGUGGGUUGGGGCACAGACAGUACUACUGUAAUACAGAAUACAGUGGCUUUCAAAGGAAUGCCUGAAAUUGGUUCAUUGGGUUCCUCUGUUAACCUUAUACAAGGCGAAGAUCUGGAACUAGCUUGCCCGAUAUCAGGAUACCCAUAUCCGGUUGUCACUUGGCAGAUGAAUGGGGUGGAUGUUAUGCCUGAUAGCAGACGAACCGUAUCACCAGAUGCAGAAGGAAAAUAUGAUAAUGCUGUAUUAAACGUAAAUAAUGUGCAGUUUGAAGACCGAGGAGAAUACACGUGCACAGGAAUUUCAGAAAUGAAUACAGUGACGUCAUCAUCGAUCACUGUAAGGGUCAAAGACAAAUAUGCCGCUGUGUGGCCCUUUAUUGGAAUAGUUCUAGAGGUCAUUGUGUUAGCCAUUAUCAUAUUCUUCUACGAGAAAAGGAAGCGGCGUGUGGAAGCAGACACCGAGGAGGACACCCCGGCAUCAGAUGAUCCGUCAGUAAGACGACCGAGUGAACAGAAAGAAUCGGACGUGCGACAGAGAAAUAUGACGUCAUAGACAACCCCAAGAACUGUAGAUACAACUUUGUUUUCGCCAUGGCUGCACGACCGACAUUUUCUCAAAAUAUGGCUUCUUUUUUGUCCCCCGCUUCAACGAAAGUAGGGGUGGGGAGGGUCUUAGUUUUGGUCUGUCUUUAAGUAACACUUUGCUUAUCGGAUGAAAUCUUCAAUACUAUUUAGUUACUUCACACGAGGAGAUCCUUUAACCUAAAUAUGACAUCUCUUUCAUCUUGUCAACAUGUCAAAUGGUAAGAAAUGGUUUCUCGAUGAUAUUUCAGACCGUAUUUGAGCUUUAACAAUGUAACUUCAAAUGUACAUGUAGUCUCUUAUAAUUAUGCUUUUAUUGUUUUCAUAUCAAAAGUUUAAAGUUUAAGUUUAUGUAAUCCGGCUAUAUCAAAAUUUAAUUACCAUUAAGAUUCAUCAAUGAACUUUCACAAAAAGCUCAUAAAAGAUAUCAAAUUAUACUCACAAUUUCAAAGUUUUGGUUUUUGAUAUCUUUACAUAUUGUAACCAUUUCUUCGUGAAUACAUUGCACUACGGUAUACUUUCAUAUGCGCUAACGCGUAUUUUCAAAAACGAAAAUCUCUAGUUGAUUUCCAUAUGAUAUGUAAUAUUGUAAGAGGGGGUGGGGGGUGGGGGGGGGGCUGGUGAAAGACUCAAAUGAAAUUAUAAUUUCAUCAUAUUUCGAACUUUUAAAAAGAUGGCAUCAUAUCUUGUUCAGUGGAUAUAUUCUCAACAAUGAUGUCAUCAACAUUCGGUGGCAUGAUUUAGAACCUUUCGUAGAUAUUGAUGGAAUGGAAUAUCAAUGCUGUCAAAACUUGUGUAUUUAUUUUUAUUAUAUUUUCAUAUAAUUUAUUUAUUAUGAGUAAUAAAAAUACAUAAAUCUGGCAUGAACCAAUCAAAUAUCUUUUUAUUUUGUUAUUUGAGUAUUCGUGAUUUAUACGUGUCACGCUUCCCGUUAAAAAAAACCCUUUUAGCUAUUGAUAUUAAUUAUAGUGUUUUAUUUUAAUGAUCUUACAGAUAUAAGAUUUUAUGUGAUACAAUUUAAUUUCAUAUAAUUGUGUUUUAUCAUUGCAUUCCUCUUCUUACGCCUUAGAGUAAUUUGUUUUGUAUAUAAAGCGCUAUAUAAAUUUUAUUAUUACAGUGUAUUAUGUUAAUUUUACCAUUCAUGUUAUACAGCGUAGUCUAUUGAUUGUACAAGAUUAAUACACGCACUUGCAGUAAAAUCACCAAUCUUCAUAUAGGGGUCUUUGUUGUUUUUUGUGGGGUGUAUAAAUACCCGCAAAUUCAUCCGACAAUGUCUCAACCAUGCACGAAAUAGAUACCCUUUAAGACCUGUGCUCCGCGAAAUAAAUGAUUUUACAUUAUGAAUUGCAUGUUUAUUCUCAAAUAUCCGAUGUCUGGUAUAACAUGUCUCCACGUUAUGAUUUUCAUUUUGUGCAAUUUAUCUUAGGCUUGUUUAAUUGAUUUACCUUUAGUUUGUAUGAAUUACUAUACAGGGCCUCGAGGAAGACUAGCUAUAUUAUUUAAAUAAAGCAUUGUUAUUAUUA